AUGGCAGAUAAGUUCACAAACGAGGCGGAUCCUAUUUUCCCCAGCUUUAAAUGCUCAGAACCAAUGAAAGAAGGAUUUUUAUUUGGAAGUGCUGCAGGAAAAUCGACCAAAGAUGCAGCAACAGAGGCAGUGAAGAAUGAGGUCAAGCACAGGGACAUUGGAACAGAAAUGACUCCACUUGGGAGUUCUACCACUUCAAGAUGCCAUACUCCAUUCAAAAGUACGUCGCCCGUGCGCCACAACACUCCUGCCGAUAGGUCUGGUCCAUUAGUCCUGUCGAAUUCCAGUAGCACCACUACCAUUGACAUCACACAAUUGCAAGAGUGCCAUUUAGCCAAGUUGCAGUUUGGAACAGCGCCAUUUGAUUCUGUUACGUCGAAUUGGAGCUCGAGGGAAGAGGAGGAAGAGGAAAUAUCAAAGAGCUUGAGGCAUUUUGAUCUAACCAAUGACUGCAGGAAGAGUUUGUCCGAGUCCAAGGCUUAUGCAUGGGAAGAAGAAGAGAAGACCAAAUGCUGCAUUAGGUACCAGAGGGAAGAAGCAAAGAUUCAAGCUUGGGUGAACCUCCAAAGGGCAAAGGCAGAAGCUCAAUCAAGAAAACUUGAGUUUUUUUGUCUCAAUCUGAUGGUAAUGAUGUUGUCAGCAUUGUUAUCACUUGCACCUUUUUUUGUUUGUUUAACAUGUGAACAAAUACCAGUGAAAGUAGAGAAGAUGAGAUCAAAUUUGGAGGAGAAAUUGAUGAAGAAGAUGGCAAUUGUCCAUAGAAAAGCUGAGGAGUGGAGAACUGCUUCCAGGCUUCAACAUUCUGAACAAAUACAAAAUGCCAAUGAGCAAGCCCGGAAGAUUACCAACCGCCAAACCUCAUAUAUCACUAGAAACAAUUCCUGUGGUUGCUUUCCCUGUAAUAACCAUCACAUUUAG